CGCGGUCAAAAAGAGUUAGACAGAGGUUCGCGACGAUGCAUCUUGAAUAUUCCAUCGAACAGACGAGAUACCUGUGAGAAGCCUUCGCAUGGACAAAUGGCUCCAAGAUAGUAAGCUUUGGCUUUUCGGUAGCACGCUACCUUUGCUACCAAGAAGGUCACGCGCGCCGAGCAAGGCGAUGGAACGAUACGAACGACUGGCGCGACUAGGGGAGGGUAGCUACGGUGUCGUCUUCCAGUGUAGAGAUCGGCAAACUGGAAAAUUGGUAGCUGUAAAAAAGUUCCAGCAGACCGAGGAUGAUCCUCUCAUACGGAAAAUCGCGCUGCGUGAAAUACGGCUUCUUAAGAAUCUUAAGCAUCCGAAUCUGGUCAAUCUUCUGGAAGUUUUUAGACGGAAACGAAAGUUACACCUGGUUUUCGAAUACUGCGAGUACACGCUGUUAAACGAAAUGGAAAGAUAUCCAAGCGGCUGUCCGGAAAUCACCACGAAACAACUUACGUGGCAAAUUCUACAGGGUGUUGCGUAUUGCCAUCGUCUAGGUUGUGUUCACAGGGACGUAAAACCGGAGAACAUUCUAAUUACAGGUGAUGGCGUGGUGAAAUUGUGCGAUUUCGGAUUCGCGCGAAUGCUCAGCCCUGGUGAAAAUUACACUGAAUAUGUCGCAACCAGGUGGUACAGAGCGCCUGAAUUACUGGUCGGUGAUACUCAAUAUGGCACACCAGUCGAUGUAUGGGCGAUUGGUUGUGUAUUCGCAGAACUAAUACGCGGAGAAGCAUUGUGGCCAGGAAAAUCGGAUGUGGAUCAAUUGUACUUAAUUCGAAGAACUAUAGGCGACUUAUUACAAAGGCACCUGGCUAUUUUUCAACAAAACGAAUUUUUUGCUGGUAUUACUUUACCAACACCACAAACCCUCACUCCCCUUGAAACUGCUUUACCUAAUAGAGGCAACACUGCUCUGCAGUUCGACUUUCUCAAAAAAUGUUUGGACAAAGAUCCUGAUGAAAGAUGGUCAUGUGAACAACUUCUACGGCACUCCUAUUUUGAGAACUUUCACUUCAAAAUGCCAGAGGCUGAGAUGGAAGAAUUCGAAAAGCUUAAAAAAUAUCGAGAUCGAUCACGAAAUAGUAACUACAGUCAAAUGGUAUUACCUCAACUUCCUAAAGCUGGUGCUUCAGUACAUAGUCAAAACGAAAGUCGGCCGAAAAGCUCCUCCAUGCAUCAUCAGCAGGAUUUUGAUCACCUGCCUAUUAUUAAAGGCUGUAAUUAA